UCACAUCUCAUCUUCCAUAUAAUAUUGAAAACAUCAUUAUGAGGGAAACUUUCCGUGCUAUGCUUGUUCUAGUUGCUGUAUUGUUCUUUGGAGCUGCAGAGUUUUGUUCCGGUCGGAACACAAGCUUUAGCUGUAUAGAAAAGGAGAGAGAAGCCCUCUUGAAGUUCAAACUUUGUUUCCAUGAUCCAUCGCAUAUGUUGUCUUCUUGGAAAGGCAAUGAUUGUUGUAAAUGGAGAGGAGUAGGCUGUGACAAAAAUAAUGGAUAUGUUAUCUCGCUUCAACUCAAGGGAUCAGUAUUUGCUAAUCAACAACCUCAAUUGUACUUGAUUGACGAUGUAGAGGAGGUUGGUUCAAGUUUGCUCAAGUUGAGAUACUUGGAACAACUGGACUUGAGCAACAAUAAUUUCAAUGGCAAUCUUAUUCCACCCUCCUUUGGCUUGAUGAAGCAGUUGAGAUACCUAAAUCUCUCUUAUGUGCAGUUUAGAGGAAGAAUUCCUAGGGAACUUGGAAAUCUUACAAGGCUUCAUGUCCUUGAUCUUUCUCAGGAUUAUUAUGGGGGAUUGAAGGUUGAUGAUGACAUUCAGUGGUUUUCUCGUCUCUCCUCUUUGCAACGACUUGAUAUGAGUGGAGUCAAUCUAAGCCAUACCUCAUCAAACUUGUUCCAGGUACUUGGCAUGCUUUCUUCAUUAUCAUGGUUGAGUAUGUCAGCUUGUAGUCUAAAAAAUUCUUACCUACCAUCACACAACCACCUCCUUAAUUUUACAUUGCUUGGAAAUAUUCAGCACUUAGAUAUGUCAUAUAACUCUUUUCAUGGUCCAAUACCUAUUUUUCUCCAAAACAUGACUUCCUUGAUAGUUCUUUAUCUUUCUAGCAAUCAAUUGAGUGGAAGUAUUUCAGAUAGUAUCAGGCAACUUUCUAAGUUAGAGAGUAUAGAUCUCUCUGAUAAUCAGUUGAGUAGUAUUCCAGACAGCAUCGGGCAACUUUCAAAGUUAGAGAGCAUAUAUCUCUUGUACAAUCAACUAGGGAGUAUUCCAGACAGCAUCGGACAACUUCCUAAGUUAGAGAGCAUAUAUCUCUCUAAUAAUCAACUGAGGAGUAUUCCAGACAGCAUCGGACAACUUCCUAAGUUAGAGAGCAUAUAUCUCUCUAAUAAUCAACUGAGGAGUAUUCCAGACAGCAUCGGACAACUUCCUAAGUUAGAGAGCAUAUAUCUCUCUAAAAAUCAACUGCAAAGUAUUCCAGACAGCAUCGGGCAACUUCCGAAGUUAGAGAGCAUAGAUCUCUCUUACAAUCAACUGCGGAGUAUUCCAGACAGCAUCGGGCAACUUCCUAAGUUAAAGAGCAUAUAUCUCUCUAACAAUCAACUGCAGAGUACUCCAGACAGCAUCGGGCAACUUCCGAAGUUAGAGAGCAUAGAUCUCUCUUACAAUCAACUGCAGAGUAUUCCAGAUAGCAUCGGGCAACUUCCUAAGUUAAAGAGCAUACAUCUCUCUAACAAUCAACUGAGGAGUAUUCCGGAUAGCAUUGGGCAACUUCCUAAGUUAAAGAGCAUAGAUCUCUCUGACAAUCAACUGAGGAGUAUUCCGGAUAGCAUCGGGCAACUUCCUAAGUUAGAGAGCAUAGAUCUCUCUUACAAUCAACUAGGGAGUAUUCCAGACAGCAUCGGGCAACUUCCUAAGUUAGAGAGCAUAAAUCUCUAUGACAAUCAACUGCGGAGUAUUCCAGACAACAUCGGGCAACUUCCUAAGUUAGAGAGCAUAGAUCUCUCUGACAAUCAACUACGGAGUAUUCCAGACAGCAUCGGGCAACUUCCUAAGUUAGAGAGCAUAGAUCUCUCUGGCAAUCAACUGAGGAGUAUUCCGGACAGCAUCGGGCAACUUCCUAAGUUAAAAAGCAUAGAUCUCUCUGGCAAUCAACUGAGGAGUAUUCCGGACAGCAUUGGGCAACUUCCGAAGUUAGAGAGCAUAGAUCUCUCUAACAAUCAACUGAGGAGUAUUCCAGACAGCAUCAUGCAACUUCCUAAGUUAGAAAGCAUAGAUCUCUCUAACAAUCAACUGAGGAGUAUUCCAGACAGCAUCGGGCAACUUCCUAAGUUAGAGAGCAUAGAUUUCUCUAACAAUCAACUGAGGAGUAUUCCAGAAAGCAUCAGGCAACUUUCUAAGUUAGAGAGCAUAGAUCUUUCUGAGAAUCAAUUGAGGAGCAUUCCAGAUAGCAUCGGACAACUUUCUAAGUUAGAGAGAAUAUAUCUUUCUAGCAAUCAAUUUGGAACAGGAUUUUCUAAAUGGCUUCAAUUACCAAAGACAAUAAAGACGGUUGAUCUCUCUAAUGCUAGCAUCUCAAGUCCUCUUCCAGAAAACAUAGGUCAUAUGAUGCCAAUGUUGGAGGAAUUAUAUCUUGCAAAUAACCUCAUGAACGGUUCAAUUCCAAAGUCACUAUGCAAUUUAAAAUAUUUGGUAACACUUGAUCUCUCAAACAAUAUGUUAUCUGGAAAUAUUCCAAAGUCGCUAUGCAAUUCAAAAUCUUUGGGAUAUCUAGAUUUCUCAAAUAAUAUGUUAUCUGGAAGUAUUCCUAAUUGUUGGAGAAAUGAUCAAUUAUUCUUUUUUAUUGAUCUAUCUUCUAACAAUCUCUCGGGUUCGUUUCCGAGCACAAUGGUGCAACUUUAUUAUUUAAGUUUAUUGCACUUGAACAACAAUAGUCUCCAUAGGGGAUUGCAUGUGGCGUUGAAAAAUUUCACUUCUUUAGUGGUUUUGGAUUUGGGUGAAAAUAAAUUUUCUGGAAAUUUAACAAGUAUUGUAAGGGGUGAGAUCGGCAACCACUCUUUAAAGAUUCUUCGUCUGCGAAAAAAUUUGGUUUCCGGUUAUAUUCCUUUGGAACUAUGCUCUCUCUCUCAGAUGCAAAUUCUAGAUCUUGCAGAUAACAAUUUGACAGGAAGGAUUCCUCCUUGUUUUGGACAGUUUUCGAUUAUGGUGAAUGCAACACAAUUGAUCGAAGACUUAGUUUUUGGAUCUUGGGAUGAAGCGCCUUUGAUGGAGGUUGUGAAAGGGAGAUACCUUGAGUAUAAAAGACGAACUCUAAGACUCGAGACUAGUAUAGAUCUUUCAAGUAACAAUCUAAUAGGAUCCAUUCCAGAGGAGCUAAUAUUCCUUAAGGAUUUGCACAAUUUGAAUUUGUCUUGGAAUCAUCUUUCAGGAAAGAUCCCUGAGAAAAUUGGACAAAUGGAGAAUUUGGAAUCUCUUGAUUUCUCCAAGAAUGGCCUUUCAGGAAUGAUCCCGAACAGCAUGUCAAGUUUAACCAAGUUAAGCCACCUCAACUUGUCCUACAACAACUUGUCAGGGCCCAUUCCAACAGGUUAUCAACUCCAAACACUCGAAGAUCCAACCAUGUAUGCUGGCAAUCCUCAACUUUGUGGAGCUCCACUCUUGAACAAAUGCUCAAAUGAUACACUACCUCCAACAACCACCAAGUUCAAGGACAAUGAUGAAGGUGCACUUAAAAGAAUGUGGUUUUACAUUGUUGUGUUGUUAGGCUUUGCAACUGGAUUCUGGGGAGUCGUGGGAACUUUAAUUUUUGUAAAAAAGUGGAGAUAUGCUUAUUUUCAAUGGGUGGAUGAUGUCCAACAUUGGAUACUUGCAGUUAUAACAUUGAAAGUGGCAUGUUUCAAGAAGAUGUUCAAUGGCAACAGAGAUGAUUAGUGAGUUAUAUAUGGAGUAAGUUGUUGUUGCUACAAUUAUUAUCAAAUUAGAUGGAGAACCUUGUGUUGCAAGGUAUAAUGUCAGGUCCAACUUUGAAUGGCCCAACAUUGAAUUGGCCAAUUUUAAAUGAACACAUAAGUAUUAG